GUCAGUUGGUCACCACCACUCAUCACCCAAACGAACAACACUACGUAUACGUACACAACCAUCCAUAAAUAACUCCGAAAUUCCUUUUAUUAAUCAAAAAAGUUUUGAACUUUCCUUUUUCUCUCCUUCUUCUGCAUAAACGCAUUGCCUUUUUUGAAGUUUCAAGUUCAUAUCAAUAACCAACAAUUAAACCCUGAGAUUCAAUCCGACCAGAAGAACUCCUACAAAAUCCAUCAAAACCCAUCAAGAUUUUGUUUUCUGGGAGGGUAUUUUCAGCUAAUUUGAGUCAUUAGCAAGGAAAUUUCCCAAUAAUUGAUCGUUUAGACAGGGAGGCCAAGCAUUGGGGAAGAAGGAGGAACAGAAACAGAAAGAAAGGGAGCAGAAAAGACCAUGUGUUUCCUCCCUUUCUAGUUUGAUUUGAUUACAUACACUAUUUUAAAUAGUAAUCUUAUAGUUUACUACUUCUAUCAGCUCUUCUUCCUCAGUUUGUCUUUUUCUAAUCAGGGUUUUAGAUCUUGAACCUUUUAAAUCAUUUAUAUCAAUCCAGAUUCGAAUUGGGUACUUGAAUUUUUUUUAACCUUUUGCAGACAAAUUUCCUCGGACAUUGUUGGUUUCUCAUUUUGUUGAGGCGGUGUUCAACUUUUAUCGGCCCAAGAGCGAAGCAAAUAAAGAUAGUGAGGAGGUCGGUCAUGUUUUUGAUACAUCACUGAUUUAUUGAGUGAAACAUGAAGGAAACAGAAGCCUGGGGUUUAGGUAUGCAAAUUUUACCAAUGCACCGCCAUCGGCAAGUUUCCAAGGGACCAGUUUGGAUUAUAGUGUUGGUUUGUUUGGUCAGCUUGUUCGUGAUUUGUGGCUAUUUAUAUCCUCCCGAAAACUCUUCCACUUGCUAUGUCUUUUCGACUAGAGGCUGCAAAUCUUUUACAGAGUGGCUUCCUUCUUAUUCUAAAAGAGAGUUGACUGAUGAAGAGUUGGCAUCACAAGUUAUAGUUGAAGAAUUUUUGAGAACUCCUCCUCAACCCACGGAAAAUUCUAAAAUUGCUUUCAUGUUCAUGACUCCGGGAUCAUUGCCUUUUGAGAUGCUCUGGGAUAAAUUCUUUUCGGGCCAUGAGGGAAAGUUUAGUGUUUAUGUGCAUGCAUCUCAACGAAAACCUGUACAUGAGAGCAAAUAUUUCAUUGAUAGGGACAUCCGAAGUGAUAAGGUUGGUUGGGGCCAAGUCUCAAUGAUAGAUGCAGAACGCCGCCUUUUGGCUAAUGCGCUGAGGGAUUCCGAUAACCAACACUUUGUAUUGCUGUCUGAUAGUUGUAUACCCUUGCAGAAAUUUGAUUAUGUGUACAACUAUUUGAUGUUCACAAAUGUAAGCUACAUUGAUAGUUUCUUGGAUCCCGGUCCUCAUGGAAAUUCUAGGUACUCACCGCAUAUGUUACCUGAAAUAGAAAAGAAGGACUUCCGUAAGGGUGCACAGUGGUUCCACUUGAAACGGCAGCAUGCGAUGAUAGUAAUUGCUGAUAGCCUCUAUUACUCAAAGUUUAGAAAUUACUGCAGGCCUGGACUUGAGGGACGUAAUUGCUAUUGCGACGAACACUACUUGCCGACUUUCUUCAAUAUUGUUGAUCCUGGGGGGAUGGCAAAUUGGUCAGUAACCCAUGUUGAUUGGUCUGAACACAAGUGGCAUCCGAAGUCUUAUAGGGCACAAGACGUGAGCUAUGAGCUUCUGCAGAAACUUAUGUCUAUUGAUGAAUCCGUGCACGAGACUAGUGAAACACCGAUGCAAAAACUUGUACAGCCUUGUCUAUGGAAUGGAGUGAAGCGUCCUUGUUAUUUGUUCGCGAGAAAAUUUUACCCCGAAACAUUAGACAUAUUAGUACAACUCUUCUCGAAUUACACUUCUGCGUGAUUUUCUUCUCAUUUGAUGCCGACUCAUAGAUAGCUUUUCCCGUUGUAAAUGUCCAUGCCCAUACGAACACCCGAAACAGAUGGAUUAGCAGCCGGAAACAAGACGUAUUAUACUUCAACUGCGCGCCAAGUUUUGAAGGUGGGUUACUUGAGUAUAACUCAAUGUCUAUUCUUUUCCCCUCAGGAGUAUGCUUGUGUAAUUUUGAUACUUUAACAAACAUGACUCAACUAUUGACAAACUGUGGGGGUUAUUCUUAGAUAUAUAUAGUAGGAGCUUGCAGAUUUUCCUUGAGCUUCUGCAAUUGCUAUUCAUAUUAUAAUUCCUGUUGCCCCUGAUUUUAUUACUUAUAUAGUUAUAUGCUAUGGUUCUAGAGUUAGUUGUCAUAUCAAAGUGUUUUAGAUAACUUUUCAGUCAACUGAAAAGUUAGCUUAUUGGCUUGUUAGCUCUCUGUUUAUUUAAUUGAUAUAUAAUCUCUCUUUUUAUCUAAUUCUUAAUUGAUAUAUUAAAGCGAUCAAACUUCAAACUAAUAUCUGGUUCUUCUUACAUCAUUCCUGUGAUUGGAUACUUCACCUAGAGGUUUUCUACUAUAGACCUUGACUACCUUGAUGUACAACUAUCACAUUCAUCACCAAUUUAAGCCACUUUGGUCAUUUAAACUUUUACUUACAAACAUCAAAAAAUGUUUACCACAUUGAAUCCAGGACACGACAUUACUCGUGCAUAGAUUUGACCUUUUUUUGGUGUUAAGUAUAACAUAGUCUGAUUCUAAUUGACACUUAUUCAAUCGAAUUCCUACUCAUGACUUUUAAAAACCAAAUUAAACUUAGAGUUCACAUAAUCAAUAAUCAUGGCCCUGUUUUUUAGACCGAAAGGGCCUCGGCUUCCCUUGUAAGUUACAGUUUUCAUCUAUGUUUAGAAGUCCACGAAACCUCAGAAGUAUAUUCGCACACAGAUCAUUACUGGUGCGCUACACUUUAAUAACCAGCAUAUAUGCCUGCUAAAACACUACAUCAGGUGAAUCAAAACUGACUUGAAAACCAUAUAAACAUCAUAUUUUUACUCAAAACUCAACAAGAUCAA